AUGGAGAAACAGCUCGGGCCAUAUAAGACAAUAGUCGCCGCCUGCCGAGAAGAUAAGGCCCCCCGCAACGCCGAGGAGACUCCUGCCCCCUUUGUAGCUCAGCACCAGGAGAGCCAAUGAGAUGACAGGGGCGGCCUUAAUAGCUGCAGCGAGGACGGAGGGGGAGGAGUCAGGGAUCCACAGAUAGAAGUAGGCAGCGAUGGCCAGGAAGAACGGAGAAAGAGAGAGAAACAGAACACAGUACUGAGAGAGAGAGAGGGAGAGAGAGAGAGGGGGGGAGAGAGAGAGAGGGGGGGGGGGGAGAGAGGGAGAGAGGGAGAGAGAGAGAGAGGGGGGGGGGGGGGAGAGAGAGGGAGAGAGAGAGGGGAGAAGAAGAAGGGAGGUAGGUGAUAUUACAGAUUUACAUGAUGGUUUUAAAUGCAAACACAAAAAUGUGUAUGUGUGUGUGUGUUGUGUGUAUGUGUGUGAGAGUGUCUAUGCGUGUGUGUGUGAUUAGAGGGUACGAUCAUACCGUGUUCCUGCGCUGUCUUCGGUCAUAGGCGGCUGUUUCAAGGAUGUCCAUCUCUUUCACAACACAGAACCAAGGCCUGUAUGUAUCUGGGCUGUUUCCUUUCCUCAGUCCUGCCUCCUUCCAGAGUAUUUCAUGUGUUUCUAUUUUCCUCUGUACUUCUCUCUCUCUUUCCCACCCUCCACUCCACUCUGGGUCAGUCCGUCUGAGUGUGUCCCCUGUCUCUUGGUGCCGGUCGACAUUGAACUUUGGACCAAUCACAGUGACACGUUAUCUGUCAGAUUGCUCAGUCAUAAUCAAUGCCCAGUGUCUCCUCCUCCUCUCAGUUUUCAUUUUCAACUCUGCCAGUAGUGACCCUUUGCCCAUCCAACUAGACCAGAUAAGUGACAUUAUCAACUGGAGGGUGAAGUUGAACUGGGCCAGAGCCAUGUAUUAAGACAUGGCUCUGAACAAGGCUAUGUUCAGUAGGACACAUGACUCUGAACGGGGCUGUGUUCAGUAGGACACAUGACUCUGAACCAGGCUGUGUUCAGUAGGACACAUGGCUCUGAACUGGGCUGUGUUCAGUAGGACACAUGGCUCUGAUCCAGGCUGUGUUCAGUAGGACACAUGACUCUGAACGGGGCUGUGUUCAGUAGGACACAUGACUCUGAACGGGGCUGUGUUCAGUAGGACACAUGGCUCUGAACCGGGCUGUGUUCAGUAGGACACAUGGCUCUGAUCCAGGCUGUGUUCAGUAGGACACAUGACUCUGAACCAGGUUGUGUUCAGUAGGACACAUGGCUCUGAACCGGGCUGUGUUCAGUAGGACACACGGCUCUGAUCCAGGCUGUGUUCAGUAGGACACAUGACUCUGAACUGGGCUGUGUUCAGUAGGACACAUGGCUCUGAACUGGGCUGUGUUCAGUAGGGCACAUGACUCUGAACCAGGCUGUGUUCAGUAGGACACAUGACUCUGAACUGGGGCCCUGGGUCUGAACCCCACCCUGUGCAACUGGGUCCUGGGCUUACUGACAGGCCGCCCCCAGGUGGUGAAGGUAGGAAACAAUAUCUCCACUUCGCUGAUCCUCAACACUGGGGCCCCACAAGGGUGCUUGCUCAGUCCCCUCCUGUACUCCCUGUUCACCCAUGACUGCGUGGCCAAGCACGCCUCCAACUCAAUCAUCAAGUUUGCAGACGACACAACAGUAGUAGGCUUGAUUACCAACAAUGACGAGACAGCCUACAGGGAGGAGGUGAGGGCUCUGGGAGUGUGGUGCCAGGAAAAUAACCUCUCACUCAACGUCAACAAAAACAAAGGAGAUGAUCGUGGACUUCAGGAAACAGCAGAGGGUGCACCCCUCUAUCCACAUCGACGGGACUGCAGUGGAGAAGGUGGAAAGCUUAAAGUUCCUUGGCGUACACAUCACCGACAAACUGAAAUGGUCCACCCAUGCAGACAGUGUGGUGAAGAAGGCGCAACAGCGCCUCUUCAACCUCAGGAGGCUGAAGAAAUUUGGCUUGGCACCUAAAACCCUCACAAACUUUUACAGAUGCACAAUUGAGAGCAUCCUGUCGGGCUAUAUCACCACCUGGUACGGCAACUGCACCGCCCGCAACCGCAGGGCUCUCCAGAGGGUGGUGCGGUCUGCCGAACGCAUUAUCGGGGGCAAACUAUCUUGCACUACUCAUCUCAUAUGUAUAUACUGCAUUCUAUUCUAUAAUAUUCUACUGUAUCUUAGUCCAUGCCGCUCUGUCAUUGCUUGUCCAAAUAUGUGUAUUUUCUUAAAUUCCAUUCCUUACUAGUUUUGUGUGUAUUAGGUAUAUGUUGUGAAAUUGUUAGAUAUUACUUGUUAGAUAUUACUGCACUGUCAGCGCUAGAAGCACAAGCAUUUCGCAACACCCACAAUAACAUCUGCUAAACACGUGUAUGUGACAAAUACAAUUUGAUUUGAUUUGUUCAGUAGGGCACAACGCUGUGGAACGUUCAGAUAUUUAGAAAAAUAUAUAUUAUGUAGAACAAAUAUGCUAGCCCGGGUGGCAGUCUGUCUUGGCUCUACUGCCAACUCCUAAUGGAAUUGAGUAGGCAAAAGCACAAACAGCUCCAGGACCAGGCUACAAAUAUGUCCCUCUGACAUUCAGAAUAAGGAGUUGUGUCAGUAGCCCAGGUCAGAUAGCAUGGCUAUUACUAUGGGUACAACAAUCCCUGUACAAUAAACAAUACCUAUCAGUAUCUCAUCAAACGCAUUCUUCUCAUCGUCACCUGUGUCUCAAGGUUGUAAAUAAUGAGAAGUAUUAGUUGGUAUGUGAUACAUUUUGAGAAAUAGAGCGACUCAACUAAAAGUGUAUCUAUCCACCGAAUGCAAGCGUCACCAGCAGUACUUAGUUUGUCCACACAGUGGCAGUAGAUACAUUCAGUCACACCAAAACUAAGGGUUCUAACCCUAGUUCUAUGAAUGAUAGCGAACCUGUAGUGAACCCAGAACCUACCACCAAGAGUGUCAACUGGCCUUUCGGGUCAGGUGAUCUAAGAGCAGAAUAGGACAUUAACUAGUAGGACGCCGGUAUGACGUCACACACAGACAAUGUUGUAGUAGUACUCGUUUGAUACUUCUACGAUUGUGUUGCCACUGGAGACAGCAUGCGAGGUAGGCUACUGUGUACAUUGUACUGGGUACAUUACGUUGUCCCACAUUCAGUUGUAAUCAUUUCCGUGGUGUGGCGCAGCUCAUAGGCUUUGCUGUGUCCAUUACAGGACCAACAGAAAUUCAGUUGAUCAAAAUAUAGAUCAAACCCAUACAAUAUAUUAGCAGUCAGAUAACGGUAGUGUAGUUAUCAUUUGGUUUGUCCAUAAUCUAUGAUUUGUUCAGGUAGUUUCCUUUCACUGUUAGCUCUUCCUUUCACGGCUGCUAAACUGUGUGAAAAUGGGUGGGUUCAAAAACAAAAUCCACAACAAUUUCACUGAUACAGGGACUAAUAAUUAACAUAUUCUCUUCAAGUCGGACUUUGACCCCUAACCUUCCCACAAUCCUCUGAGUAGGGGGGUCAGUUGGAAUGUAGAUUGCUAAGGAGAAGGUUUGGAGAGAAAUAGAGCAGGGAGAGGAAUUCACCGGUGAGUAGCAGUAAAUGUUGUUAAAAGGAGAGUUUUGAGGACCACCAGAGUAGAUAGGGUCUAGGUACAAAGUGAAGGCCUUGAAAAGGUGGGCUGUGAGAGAGAGAGAGAGAGAGAGAAAGAGAGAGAGAGAGACAGAGACAGAGACAGAGACAGAGACAGAGAGAGAAAAUAGAAACGAUGAUUAAGCUGUAAAUAAUACAAUAGCUGAAAGCCCAACGAGAGAAGGAAGUACUGUAUAAAUCUAUGGCCCAAUGAGAGAAGGAAGUACUGUAUAAAUCUAUGGCCCAAUGAGAGAAGGAAGGACUGUAUAAAUAUAUGGCCCAAUGAGAGAAGGAAGGACUGUAUAAAUCUAUGGCCCAAUGAGAGAAGGAAGUACUGUAUAAAUCUAUGGCCCAAUGAGAGAAGGAAGGACUGUAUAAAUAUAUGGCCCAAUGAGAGAAGGAAGUACUGUAUAAAUCUAUGGCCCAAUGAGAGAAGGAAGUACUGUAUAAAUAUAUGGCCCAAUGAGAGAAGGAAGGACUGUAUAAAUCUAUGGCCCAAUGAGAGAAGGAAGGACUGUAUAAAUCUAUGGCCCAAUGAGAGAAGGAAGUACUGUAUAAAUCUAUGGCCCAAUGAGAGAAGGAAGGACUGUAUAAAUCUAUGGCCCAAUGAGAGAAGGAAGGACUGUAUAAAUCUAUGGCCCAAUGAGAGAAGGAAGUACUGUAUAAAUCUAUGGCCCAAUGAGAGAAGGAAGGACUGUAUAAAUAUAUGGCCCAAUGAGAGAAGGAAGGACUGUAUAAAUAUAUAGUGAGGCUCUGACCUGCGUAGGCAGUGAGGAUGAUCAGGUGUCAAGCCUCCUAACAACCUGACUCCUAGCAACCAAUCAUUGGCCUGUGCAGAGGGAUCAUGGAUAAUUUGAAGAGCCAGUCUCUCUGGCACCAUUGGGAGAUGGGUGGAGUGAGGUGUGAGAUCAUGAGAGAAGGAGAGCACCAUUGGUAGUGGGAAUUAUCAACACCUAGACUUGUCUUCUCUUGUCUUCUUUCUCACCAGGAACCAUGACUGACACGUUGCCAAUGAUGAGAAUUGGAGUUGUGGGAUAUGGACAUUUAGGUUAGUGCUGUAGUCCCCUCUCUUCCUCUUCUCUUCCUCCCUCCUCGCCACAUCUCAGAUGUUCUUACUGUGGAAUGGAUUCAUUUACUUUACUUAAUUAAAUGUAAAUCUUCGUAAAUGAUACCACUUUACAACAGGGUCAUUCAUUUACAGGCCCUCGAGGGCCUAAGUACUGCUGGGUUUCUUCUCUAUCUGAUUGUUAAUUGAUCAACUAAUGUAGUGAUUGGCCAGAGAGUUCACCAGGUUCAUGUUCUGUUUGACCUUUUAUCUACAGAUGUAGGACCUUAAUUUGAGCCGGUUUUCUACAGCAGGAAAAUAAUCCUGCAGCAACAGGAAAUGUGCAUUAUUAUGUGGAUUAUAAUUAAUGGACAUUUUUGUGGGGGUUGAUACAUUUUUUCAUUAGGGAAAAUCAAGUCUGAAAUUUCAAAGUGGAAAUUGCAAACUUCAGAAGCCUUUUUAAAACUGAACUACACUACAAGUUCUCCUGCAAGAGGGUGAUCAAAUUAAUAUCCUACAUCUGUACUUACCGGUAUUCAUAAUGUUGAUUGUGUUUUUAUGAUAGGCCUUUUGUUUUUCAUGGUUUUCAAUUUGUAUUGACUACUACUGAAUGUGGGUAUCUAAUGCUGCGUUUACCCAGGAGGCUGCUGAGGGGAGAACGGCUCAUAAUAAUGGCCGGAAUGGAGCAAAUGGAAUGGCAUAGAACACCUGGAAACCAUGUUUGAUAUGUUUGUUACCAUUCCACUAAUUCCAUUCUAGGCAUUACCACGAGCCCGUUCUCCCCAAUUAAGGUGCCACCAACAUCCUGUGGUUACACAGGCAGCCCAAUUCCGAUAUUUCUUUAACUAAUUGGUCUUUUGACACAGCCAAUAAAGUUAAACUUGAAGUUGUUGAACUUCCAGGGCAGUACCUUGUGGAGCGGCUCCAGAGAGAAGGGGCCCAUGUGGGCCUGACAUUGGUCUUUGUGUGGAACAGAAACAUUGACAAACUCCGAGAAUCAGUGGCUGAGGAGCUGAUUCUACACAACCUCCCAGACUUUACAGACAGGUAGAGAGCCACGUGAUACACACACUGUAAAAGCACACACUCACACACACACUGUAAUAUAUGUGUUAUGUCAUGUGCACAAGUAAAGUGUGUGUGUGUGUGUUGUAGGGGUGCUGAUGUGAUUGUGGAGGUGUGUCAUCCCAAAAUUGUAAAAGACUUUGGAAUCCAGUUCCUCUCUAAGGCCCAUUUUCUGGUAAGAUCCCUCUCUCUCUGUUUCCAUUUUCUGGUAAGAUCCCUCUCUCUCUGUGUUUCCAUUUUAUGGUAAGAUCCCUCUCUCUCUCUGUUUCCAUUUUCUGGUAAGAUCACUCUUUCUCUGUAUCUAUUGAUAGUGUUUAAAAACAUAUAAUUUAACACUAUCUCUUUUUGAACAUUCUUUAGCUAGCAUCGAUAACCUGGCAUAACAUGCCUUUAUAAUUAAAUACUAACAGUAUAUGCUAAUGACAACAGGAUAAAAGGAGGAUUUCCCCCACACACUAAUCUGAAACACGCCAAUCCAAGUUCCAAUACGGAGGUUGUCCUUGAAAAAAAUAUGUCACUUUAAGUCACUUUGUUACGCUAAAAUCAGCUUUUGAGAAUCCAGGAAGUGUUCCAAUCCAUGUGCACACCAGAAAUUAAGUAACUACUACACCCUCCCUCCCUCUCUGUCUGUCUGUCUGUCUGUCUGCCUCUGUUUUAGGUGGGCUCUCCCUCAGCCCUCUCAGACCCACAGUUGAACCAGAAAAUGCGCCAGGCUGCAGAGCAUCAUGGGAGGACCCUUUAUGUCCCCAGUGGUGCAUUGUGGGGAGGCCAGGACAUCCUGAGACUCAAUGAUAGUGGAUCUUUAAAGGUGCAUGGAAGGAGGGAAGAGGGUGGAUGAAAGAGGACUUAACAAGUAAAAUAUGUUAAUUUAUAAGGGAUAGCUUAGUUAAUAGUUAACUUAAGUUGGUUAAGUUAUGUAGAUAACUAACUUAUAUUAACUUAACUAAGUUAGAUAGUUAAGUUAAUAUAUGUUAAGUUAGAUAGUUAAGUGAAUGAGUUAGUUACGUUAGAUAGUGAAGUUAAUAUAUACAUUAGUCAAGUUAGUUAAGUUAGAUAGUGAAGUUAAUAUAUAAGAGGUAGUAUAAGAGAAUGUGUAGACUAAUGUGAGAUUAAAUCCAGAUUCUGAUUAAAGGUGAACUAGGCCAUUGUUCUCUAUUUCUAAUCUUCUGAAAUGUCAGAGUAGAGCAGACAGAAUGGUUGUACUGGACAGAAUGCUGUUACAUAGAGCAUACAGAAUGGUUGUACUGGACAGAAGGAUGUUACAUAGAGCAGACAGAAUGGUUGUACUGGACAUAAUGCUGUUACAUAGAGCAGACAGAAUGGUUGUACUGGACAGAAUGAUGUUACAUAGAGCAUACAGAAUGUUUGUACUGGACAGAAUGCUGUUACAUAGAGCAGACAGAAUGUUUGUACUGGACAGAAUGCUGUUACAUAGAGCAGACAGAAUGGUUGUACUGGACAGAAUGAUGUUACAUAGAGCAUACAGAAUGUUUGUACUGGACAGAAUUAUGUUACAUAGAGCAUACAGAAUGUUUGUACUGGACAGAAUAAUGUUACAUAGAGCAUACAUAACGUUUGUACUGGACAGAAUGCUGUUACAUAGAGCAGACAGAAUGUUUGUACUGGACAGAAUGCUGUUACAUAGAGCAGACAGAAUGGUUGUACUGGACAGAAUGCUGUUACAUAGAGCAGACAGAAUGUUUGUACUGGACAGAAUGCUGUUACAUAGAGCAGACAGAAUGGUUGUACUGGACAGAAUGCUGUUACAUAGAGCAGACAGAAUGGUUGUACUGGACAGAAUGCUGUUACAUAGAGCAGACAGAAUGGUUGUACUGGACAGAAUGCUGUUACAUAGAGCAGACAGAAUGGUUGUACUGGACAGAAUGCUGUUACAUAGAGCAGACAGAAUGGUUGUACUGGACAGAAUGCUGUUACAUAGAGCUUGACAGCUUGUAGUCUUAAAACCCGGAAAUGAGUUACCUCUGGUUGGUUCAGCCAUCCCUAUGGGGAAAAUGAAUGGAUAAAGAAUAGGGUUUUGGGAUAAACGCCGAAAAUAAGGUCUGAGGUUAACACAGGCUUAGGAGAUGUUAUACAUUUUGUUCUAUGAGAUAAUAUCAGUCAGUUAACAUGACCUUUAUGAAUUAUGAAGCAUUUAUGUGCUUUUUAAAAUGACUUUAACGCUUCAAAAUUCACAAAAGACGUUAGCUGAUGAAGAAUAUCUCAUAGAACAAAAUGUAUAAGGUCUCCUAAGCCUGUGUUAAAGAGCUUUAAAUCUGAUCUUUUCUGUUGUAACAUCUGAAGGACAAAACACAGGUUUUCUAAUCAGCCCUCUGCCUCUGUUCCUCUUCUCUUUACUAAUCUCAAGCCCCUCCUCUCUUUUCUUCCCUGAAGGCACUGUUCAUCCGGAUGUCCAAGCACCCGUCAUGUUUCCGUCUGACAGGAGACGUGCUGUCUGAUUGGACAGAGGAUGAGGGGAGGCGGGUCUUAUUCAGUGGCUCCGUGGCAGAGCUCUGUCCCGUCGCUCCUAACAACGUCAACACCAUGGCAGCAGCGGCCAUCGCAGCGGGGACCCUGGGUUUCGCUGGCGUCCAGGGAGAGAUUGUGUCGGACACGGCGUAAGCAAAGAUUCUUAAAUAACCCAAGAUUGUAAAAGCGCCAUCUGAACUAUGACAAUCACUGUCACACUAUGGGCCGAACAAGCAAGGAGGUGGGCAAAGCUAAGCAAGAGGCAUUAAGAGGCACAUUUCAGCAUGUAUUUGCAUAGCCUAUUUCAAUUAGGGAACCCCCACUCUCUGAAGCGCACCUGUGCAAGAACUACACAACAUCAUUUUUUAGAAAGGUUGGCACUGAGUCAAGUGGACAAACGUAGAGGACUCUGUUCUUAACACAUUGUAGAAAACUCUAUAGAGAUCAGAGAUAUUAAGCAGAAUGUGGACCCAGUUCCAUCUUGCUCCAUCUGUCUUGCCACUGGACUCUCCUAGACUAAGUGAUUACCAUGAAGUGGAGGUUACUGGUGCUAAUGGGUUCUCUUCCUCUCCUAGACUAAGUGAUUACCAUGAAGUGGAGGUUACUGGUGCUAAUGGGUUCUCUUCCUCUCCUAGACUAAGUGAUUACCAUGUGGUGGAGGUGGAAGUCACUGGUGCCAAUGGCUUCACAGUGCAUACAGUGAGGAGGAACCCAGCCAAACUGGGAGCUGUAACUGGGAGUGCUACCUACAACUCCUUCUGGAGCAGCUUACUGGGUGGGUUCUGCUGUAGAAGGAUGUGUGCGUCUGUAGCAUGAAUCAGUGUGAGAACAUGAAGGGUUGUGUUGUGUCUAACGUCCGGUCGCAUCUGCUCCUUUUGUCCUCUUUCCUCUCAGUUUGCAAGGGGCAUGGUGGCCGGGUUUACUUGUGUUGAAGAGGGAGGGAUUUCAGAAGACAAUUCCCUCUACCAACCAAACACACACUAUACAACAAUAUGGUACUGAAACACACUACACAACACUAUGGUACUGAAACACACUACACAACAAUAUGGUACUGAAACACACUACACAACAAUAUGGUACUGAAACACACUACACAACAAUAUGGUACUGAAACACACUACACAACAAUAUGGUACUGAAACACACUACACAACAAUAUGGUACUGAAACACACUACACAACAAUAUGGUACUGAAACACACUACACAACAAUAUGGUACUGAAAAGUCUGCCGUGGCUGUCUGUAGAUGCUGAUCAUGUGUGUGAGCAAAGUUCGGCUUGCUUCAUAUAAUAUGGUGUGUAACUGUAUCAGGAUUUACAAAGGUGGGCUUGCUUCAUAUAAUAUGGUGUAACUGUAUCAGGAUUUACAAAGAUGGGCUUGCUUCAUAUAAUAUGGAGUAACUGUAUCAGGAUUUACAAAGAUGGGCUUGCUUCAUAUAAUAUGGUGUAGCUAUCAGGAUUUACAAAACCUUCAAGUAUGUACAGUUGAAGUCGGAAGUUUAGUUUACAUACACCUUCGUCAAAUACAGUUAAACUCAGUUUUUCACAAUUCCUGACAUUUAAUCCUAGUAAGAAUGCCCUGUCUUAGAUCAGUUAGGAUCACCACUUUAUUUUAAGAAUGUGAAAUGUCAGAAUAAUAGUAGAGAGAAUGAUUUAUUUCAGCUUUUAUUUCUUUCAUCAAAUUCCCAGUGUGUCAGAAGUUUACAUACACUCAAUUAGUAUGUGGUAGCAUUGCCUUUAAAUUGUUUAACUUGUGUCAAAUGUUUUGGGUAGCCUUCCACAAGCUUCCCACAAUAAGUUGGGUGAAUUUUGGCCCAUUCCUCCUGACAGAGCUGGUGUAACUGAGUCAGGUUUGUUGGCCUCCUUGCUCGCACACACUUUUUCAGUUCUGCCCACAAAUGUUCUAUAGGAUUGAGGUCAGGGCUUUGUGAUGGCCACUCCAAUACCUUGACUUUGUUGUCCUUAAGCCAUUUUGCCACAACUUUGGAAGUAUGCUUGGGGUCAUUGUCCAUUUGGAAGACCCAUUUGCGACCAAGCUUUAACUUCCUGACUGAUGUCUUGAGAUGUUGCUUCAAUAUAUCCACAUAAUUUUCCUUCCUCAUGAUGCCAUCUAUUUUGUGAAGUACACCAGUCCCUCCUGCAGCAAAGCACCCCCACAGCAUGAUGCUGCCACCCCCGUGCUUCACGGUUGGGAUGGUGUUCUUCGGCUUGCAAGCCCCCCAUUUUUCCUACAAACAUAACGAUGGUCAUUAUGGCCAAACAGUUAUAUUUUUGUUUCAUCAGACCAGAGGACAUUUCUCCAAAAAGUACGAUCUUUGUCCUCAUGUGCAGUUGCAAACUGUAGUCUGGCUUUUUUAUGGCGGUUUUGGAGCAGUGGCUUCUUCCUUGCUGAGCGGCCUUUCAGGUUAUGUCGAUAUAGGACUUGUUUUACUGUAGAUAGUUUUGUACCUGUGUCCUCCAGCAUCUUCACAAGUUCCUUUGCUGUUGUUCUGGGAUUGAUUUGCACUUUUUGCACCAAAGUACAUUCAUCUCUCUAGGAGACAAAACACGUCUCCUUCCUGAGCAGUAUUUUACAUUUACAUUUACGUCAUUUAGCAGACGCUCUUAUCCAGAGCGACUUACAGUUAGUGCAUACAUUAUUCUUUUUUAUUUUCAUACUGGCCCCCCGUGGGAAACGAACCCACAACCCUGGCGUUGCAAACGCCAUGCUCUACCAACUGACGGCUGCGUGGUCCCAUGGUGUUUAUACUUGCGUACUAUUGUUUGUACAGAUAAACGAGGUACCUUCAGGCGUUUGGAAAUUGCUCCCAAGGAUGAACCAGACUUGUGGAGGUCUACAAUAUUUUUUCUGAGUUCUUGGCUGAUUUCUUUUGAUUUUCCCAUGAUGUCAAGCAAAGAGGCACUGAGUUUGAAGGUAGGCCUUGAAAUACAUCCACAGGUACACCUCCAAUUGACUCAAAUUAUGUCAAUUAACCUAUAAGAAGCUUUCUGGAAUUUUCCAAGCUGUUUAAAGGCACAGUCAACUUAGUGUAUGUAAACUUCUGACCCACUGGAAUUGUGAUACAGUGAAUUAUAAGUUAAAUAAUCUGUCUAAACAAUUGUUUGUGUCAUGCACAAAGUAGAUGUCCUAACCGACUUGACAAAACUAUAGUUUGUUAAAAAUAAAUUUGUGGAGUGGUUGAAAAACAAGUUUUAAUGACUCCAACCUAAGUGUAUGUAAACUUCCGACUUCAACUGUAUCUACAAUUCUGGGCAUUCAAAUGUUGCACCUUCAACCUACCAAGUCCUACUACUGUAUCCCAGCAGCACCUCCCUCCCUCCAUUUUCUCUAUACAUUUAAAAUAUUACUUUUUGAAGUAACAUUUUAAAUGUGACAAACUCUUUCACAGGGUGAUGGCAGGCACCACAUUCAUUAGAAAUCAUCUAGCAAUAACUCACAUAACUGAAAUGGCUCUAAUGAUGCAGUUACAUCCACUUUGAAGCAAAUGUUUUUUACUGUGCUGCAAUACAUGUUAAGAGUUUAAUGCCCAGUAACGUAACAGUUUAAUGGCCAGUAACGUAUGAUGAUCUUAAUGUAGUGCCUUGAUGUUGUGACACCACACACACCAUUGUGACCUCACAACUAGAAGGUUCUAGCCGCAAAAAUAAGGUUCUGAGAUAAUUGGCUUUACAUUUCUGAACCUUCAUUGGUUUUAAUGUAUUUUUAUCUUGUAUCCUUAUGAACUUAACAUGAAUUGGAGUAUUUAGAGUACUACAUAGGUAGAGAACAUUGAACAGAACAAGGCUAUGUCAAUAACUCCAUUUUGACAAAUGCAGAUAGAACCUUAUAAAUGCCAAGCUCUCAGUAUUUCCUGUUGUAGUAAACCCCAACAAAGAGAAGAGUCCAGUGUUUCAUCAUUAAUACAGAGAAUAUACUUUAUUUUCUCAUCAUCUGGUGUGUGAUUGUAACACAAACAAACUGACACAGGCAGUGUGUGCUCUGGAUCAACUCAUCUCCUGUUUUCUGGCUGUGCACAGCUGGGAAUGGGAUACACCCAAAACUGUGACCCCCGCCAUUAUCUGUGACCCUUUCCCUUUGCUCCUCUAAUAGUCUGUCAUCUAAAAACACGACUAGCUUCUCAGGACGGACGCCCCACCUUUUACCUAAACCUCAAAGAGUGCAGGCAGAAUCAGUGUUCCAUCUCUAUACGUCACAAACAUACAUACUGCCACACACACACACAAAGAAAAACACUCAAACACUGGCUCACUGACUGAAAGGUUAAAAGGUGACCUAUCGACAGUUUUUACACACAGGCUUGCCGGUUCAAGUACAGUACAACGCUCAGAGACAAACACACCCACAGAAAGGUCUGAAUCUCUGAACGAAUGGGAGCCUGUUUCAGCAGGAGGCUUUUCAGCAGGACGUUCUGAGGCUCAGCCAUAGAGUUAGAUAGAGGACUCAUCUUUGUAUCUGUGGUGGAAGCCAUCAAUGGCAUUGUCCAUGCAAAUAAAACGGGUUAUUUAACAUCUAGUCUCACUCUAUGGGCCCAGCUCUAAGUGUCGCUUAUCUGUUUCCUAGCACAGGGAAGUGCUGCUGGUGGUUGGGUUUAUAUUACUGCUACAGUGCGACAGGAAAAGUGCUGCUGCUGUUUAAACAGGUUUCUGUUCCUGCUACAGUGUGACAGGAAAAGUGCUGCUGCUGUUUAAACAGGUUUCUGUUCCUGCUACAGCGCGACAGGAAAAGUGCUGCUGUUGGGUUGGUUGUGUGACUAUGACAUAGUGGGUCAAUGCCUUUGCCCUUGUUAGCAAGACUAAUUAGCCCUACUUUCUUUAUCCACUGGUUAUCAUAUGAUUAUCUUAGCCUUAGUUACAACUAAUGUUAGUCUACACUAGCAAUGUUGGCUGGAUUUCAUAAAUUCCUAGAUUUAAGGACCAGCGCACAGGAGGUUGGUGGCACCUUAAUUGGGAAGGAAGGGCUCGUGGUAAAUGCUGGAGCAGAAUACCUGGAAUGGUAUUAAAAUGCAUCAAACACAUGGUUUCAGACAUUAUUCCAUCUGAUCCUCCCCUCAGCAGCCUCCUGUGGACCAGAGGUAACCUAGAUUAUUGACCAGCGGUAACCUAGAUUAUUGACCAGAGGUAACCUAGAUUAUUGACCAGAGGUAACCGUCCUAUAUACUCAAAGUUACCCCACUUUGUUAUCUCAAUGCUGGGCUUUUUAACUCAAGGAAAUGUCGCCCCGUUAGCCAUCUAUUUCCUUUCCCUCUCUUCCUCCAUUUCAGUACAGGUUGCUCACACAGGCUGAGGUGCACGGAGGUUUGGAAGACCUUCGGGGUGCUGGAUUAAUAACAUAUACUGGAAUACUGUAAUAGCUCAUCUCUUCAGCAGUUGUCGGAUCUAUAUUAUGUAAGUGGAGACAGUCAAGAUAAGAGUGGUGUGUUUGUAACAUGUAUGUUGUGUAACAGUUCUUGUAGUGAGUGUCGGCAUGUGUACGUUUGUGUGUGUGUAUGUGAGAGAGAGACACUCAGUUUUUCACACUGGUGGCUCCGUUUUUCUCUCCAUUGACACCUGGGAGGGUGUAAGGCAAGGCUGGACCCUUUUUACUAGGCAGGGUGAAGGGCUGGCGGAUGUUCAAGCGGUCUUUCUCUGCCUCCGCAUCUUCAUCAUAGCGGUCAUCCUCUUCUUCUGCCUCGCUGUGGCGGGGGGAGGAGUGGCGCGACAGAGACGGAGAUGGGGGCACAGAGGCUGGUCUAGGGUAACGGAAACCUUGGGCCUGAAAAUAAAUGGUGGUGGGGUUUAGAGGGGAAGACACAGACAACACACAAUGCUGUGUUUAGACAGGCAGACACAUUCUGAUAUGUUUUUCACCAAUUGAUCUUUUGAAUAAUCACAUCAGAUCUAUUUCAGAGAUGAUCUGAUUGGCCAAAAGACUAAUUCGUUUAAAAAGAUCAGAAUUUGGCUGCCUGUCUAAACGCAGCCAGAGUAGCAUAGCAGUAUGCGUCAUCUCUGACACACUUUCUCAUAAAAUGUACUAAUCCAGAUGUACAUCUUAUUUUACAGAUGAAAUAAACCAGGGAUGUCCAACUAAAUCCCUUCAGGGCCGUGUCUGCUGGUUUUUGUUAGUUCCUUUCAAAUAGUAUCCAAUUAGGACCGAGACAACCAGGUGAGGGGAGUGCCUAAUUAAUCUAUGACCUUAACUGAUCAAUCAAGUACAAGGGAAGAGGGAAAACCCGCAGACACUCAGCCCUCCAGGCAAUUGAGUAGACACCACUGUUAUAACCCUCAGGCCUCCAGGUAAUUGAGUAGACACCACUGUUAUAACCCUCAGGCCUCCAGGUAAUUGAGUAGACACCACUGUUAUAACCCUCAGGCCUCCAGGUAAUUGAGUAGACACCACUGUUAUAACCCUCAGGCCUCCAGGUAAUUGAGUAGACACCACUGUUAUAACCCUCAGGCCUCCAGGUAAUUGAGUAGACACCACUGUUAUAACCCUCAGGCCUCCAGGUAAUUGAGUAGACACCACUGUUAUAACCCUCAGGCCUCCAGGUAAUUGAGUAGACACCCCUGUUAUAACCCUCAGGCCUCCAGGUAAUUGAGUAGAAACCACUGUUAUAACAACAGUCCAACUAAAAAGGUACACUACAGCAAAUUCCUAGCGAAUGGGUAAAGAACAAUUUUUUUACUAAUCGCCCCCGGGCACCAUUAGGUACUAGGUCGUUUCCAAUGGUGUAGAAUUAUUUAAACUAAGUACCCAUUGUUACCCAAAAGGAGGAAACAGCAUCUCCUCACCAUACAGACAGACAGACAGACACACUCAUAGACUUACAGUCUCAGAGUCAUGAGGUUGGUAGAAGUAGGUAUCCGGGAAGGCUUUAGCCAGGGCCAUGUGACGAGCUGAUAUAUAAUACUGAGAGAAAGAGCAGAGAGAGAGAUAAGAUGAUAGUUGUAGUAGAACGGUUGACAUUUCUCCUCUUGGCAAAGGUGAAAGGUCUCACCCUGCCCAGAUAUCUCCAGUCCAGAAGGUCACUCAGGCGCUCGGUGCGGUUCCGCUGGAUGAUCCUGGCACGCCGGCUCUGCUGGCAAAACUGGAACAGGUACGAUGUGAGCUGAUUACACGACUCAUCAACCCCUCUGUACCGUCGAUCAAGGAUGUAGAUUCCUGAGGUAGAGUACAACAGCAUUAGUCAAAUCUACUGGAGAUCAGUUGGUAGAGAAUGGUGUUUCUAAACGCAAAAGGUUGUGGGUUCAAUUCCCGCUGGAACCACCCAUUCGUACAAUGUAUACAUGUAUGACUGUAUGUUGCUUUGGAUAAAAGCCUCAGCUAAAAUGCCAUAUUAUAAACCGUGUAGUUCGAGUCCUGAAUGCUGAUUGGCUGAAAUCUGUGGUAUAUCAGACCGUAUACCACUGGUAUGACAAAACAUUUAUUUUUACUGCUCUAAUUACGUUGAUAACCAGUUUAUAAUAGCAAUAAGGCACCUCGGGGGUUAGUGAUAUGGCCAAUAUACCACGGCUAAGGGCUGUAUCCAGGUGCUCCGCGUUGCGUCGUGCAUAAGAACAGCCCUCAGCCGUGGUAUAUUGUCCAUAUACCACACCCUCUCAGGCCUUAUUGGUUAAUACUUUUUUAUUGGGACCAUUACUUUUCUAAAUGUAGAAUGUUUUUAUCAGCCCCUUGGAAGACAGUAAAUAACUUUGGCUUGGACGCAUACUGUAUAUUCUGAACACACAGGGAACACACCAUAUGCUGAGGGGUCAGCUAUGUGUUCUUCCAUGAAGCAGCCGAACCCAGAAAGGUUGGUAGAGAUCGAGGGGAUCCCCAUGACUGUACACUCAGCUGAGAGAGACAGAGACAGAGAUUGAAGUAAAUAUACUUGUAUAUACAGCCAAUGUUCAAGACAACCAUAUCUCAUAGUAUCUUUAAGAGUCUACCUGGUGUAUAGUGGCUUGCGAAAGUAUUCACCCCCUUGGCAUUUUUCCUAUUUUGUUGCCUUACAACCUGGAAUUAAAAUUGAUUUUUGGGGGGUUUGUAUCAUUUCAUUUACACAACAUGCCCACCACUUUGAAGAUGCAAAAUAUGUUUUAUUGUGAAACAAACAAGAAAUAAGACAAGAAAACAGAAAACUUGAGCAUUCAUAACUAUUCACCCCCCCCAAAGUCAAUACUUUGUAGAGCCACCUUUUGCAGCAAUUACAGCUGAAAGUCUCUAUAAGCUUGGCCACUGGGAUUUUUGCCCAUUCUUCAAGGCAAAACUGCUCCAGCUCCUUCAAGUUGGAUGGGUUCCGCUGGUGUACAGCAAUCUUUAAGUCAUACCACAGAUUUUCAAUUGGAUUGAGGUCUGGGCUUUGACUAGGCCAUUCCAAGACAUUUAAAUGUUUCCCCUUAAACCACUCGAGUGUUGCUUUAGCAGUAUGCUUAGGGUCAUUGUCCUGCUGGAAGGUGAACCUCUGUCCCAGUCUCAAAUCUCUGGAAGACUGAAAUUUCCCUCAAAAAUUUCCCUGUAUUUAGCGCCAUCUAUCAUUCUUUCAAUUCUGACCAGUUUCCCAGUCCCUGCCAAUGAAAAACAUCCCCACAGCAUGAUGCUGCCACCACCAUGCUUCACUGUGGGGAUGGUGUUCUCGGGUUUGCGCCAGACAUAGCGUUUUCCUUGAUGGCCAAAAAGCUCAAUUUUAGUCUAAUCUGAACAGAGUACCUUCUUCCAUAUGUUUGGGGAGUCUCCCACAUGGCUUUUGGCAAACACCAAAUGUGUUUGCUUAUUUUUUUCUGUAAGCAAUGGCUUUUUUCUGGCCACUCUUCCGUAAAGCCCAGCUCUGUGGAGUGUACGGCUUAAAGUGGUCCUAUGGACAGAUACUCCAAUCUCCGCUGUGGAGCUUUGUAGCUCCUUCAGGGUUAUCUUUGGUCUCUUUGUUGCCUCUCUGAUUAUUGCCCUCCUUGCCUGGUCCGUGAGUUUUGGUGGGCGGUCCUCUCUUGGCAGGUUUGUUGUGGUGCCAUAUUCUUUCCAUUUUUUUUAUAAUGGAUUUAAAAUGGUGCUCCGUGGGAUGUUCAAAGUUUCUGAUAUUUUUUUAUAACCCAACCCCGAUCUGUACUUCUCCACAACUUUGUCCUUGACCUGUUUGGAGAGCUCCUUGGUCUUCAUGAUGCCGCUUGCUUGGUGGUGCCCCUUGCUUAGUGGUGUUGCAGACUCUGGGGCCUUUCAGAACAGGUGUAUAUAUACUGAGAUCAUGUGACACUUAGAUUGCACACAGGUGGACUUUAUUAACUAAUUAUGUGACUUCUAAAGGUAAUUGGUUGCACCAGAUCUUAUUUAGGGGCUUCAUAGCGGUGAAUACAUAUGCACACACCACUUUUCCGUUAUUUAUUUUUUAGAUUCUUAAUUUUUUUUUCACCAAUUUGGACUAUUUUGUGUAUGUCCAUUACAUGAAAUCCAAAUAAAAAUCAAUUUAAAUUACAAGUUGUAAUGCAACAAAAUAGGAAAAACGCCAAGGGGGUGUGAAUACUUUUGCAAGGCACUGUAUAUCUCCAUGGUUCAUAGCAUCUUUAAGAGUCUACCUGGUGUAUAUCCCCAUGGUUCGUAGUAAGAGGGGAACACUCCAAGAUGGCAGCCUCUUACAAACUCUUCAUAAUCCAUCGGCAGGAGGGGAGAGGUGGAGGAGAGGAACUCUGGGUGGAAGAUCACCUAA